UCCUCCUCGGCUGGGCGAGGUCAGGUGCCCUCCUUCUCUCCUCCCUUCCCUCCCUCCCCCACCUCUGCCCGCGAGAGAUCCUGCCCGCCUCCUCCUGCAGGGGUGUAGCCGGCUGGGGAGCUGACAGCGGCCCUGCAGCUACCCUGCCCAAACUCUCCGGAAGCGGCCCGAGUUCAGGCCGCUGCGGCCCGGGAGGACCCGCUGUUGCACCGGAGGGGCUGGCCAUCUUCCCGCGCCCAAACUUGGAGUACUUGACCUUUGGCUGCCUGAGGAGGCAAGCCCGCAGGUGGCUGGACAGCUGCGGCGUCCGGAGGGCAUCUUGUCUGAGGACCUUCGGCUGCACUCCCGGGUUCCCGGCUUUGCCCCUGGAAUCCCAAGGUGCCCACCUCAGGCGCAUGUUGACUGAGACCUAGAGUCAUGGAUGUGUGUGCCCGUCUUGCUCUGUGGCUCCUCUGGGGGCUCCUCCUGCAUCAGGGCCAGAGCCUCAGCCACAGUCACAGUGAGAAGGCGACAGGAACCGGCUCCGGGGCUGCUUCGGAGGAGUCCACUGCAGCAGAGUUUUGCCGCAUUGACAAGCCCCUGUGCCACAGUGAGGACGAGAAGCUCAGCUUUGAGGCAGUCCGCAACAUCCAUAAGCUGAUGGAUGAUGAUGCCAAUGGUGAUGUGGAUGUAGAAGAAAGUGAUGAGUUCCUAAGGGAAGACCUCAAUUACCAUGAUCCAACAGUGAAACACAGCACCUUCCAUGGUGAGGAUAAGCUUAUCAGUGUGGAGGACCUGUGGAAGGCCUGGAAGUCCUCGGAAGUGUACAACUGGACUGUGGAUGAGGUGGUACAGUGGCUGAUUACGUAUGUGGAGCUGCCACAGUAUGAGGAGACCUUCCGGAAGCUGCAGCUCAGUGGCCAUGCCAUGCCAAGGCUAGCUGUAACCAACACCACUAUGACAGGGACUGUGCUGAAGAUGACAGACCGGAGCCAUCGGCAGAAGCUACAGCUGAAGGCCUUGGACACAGUGCUUUUUGGGCCUCCUCUCUUGACCCGCCAUAAUCACCUCAAGGACUUCAUGCUGGUGGUGUCUAUUGUUAUUGGUGUGGGCGGCUGCUGGUUUGCCUAUAUCCAGAACCGUUACUCCAAAGAGCACAUGAAGAAGAUGAUGAAAGAUUUGGAAGGGUUACACCGAGCUGAACAGAGUCUACAUGACCUUCAGGAAAGGCUGCACAAAGCCCAGGAGGAGCAUCGCACAGUGGAAGUGGAGAAGGUCCAUUUGGAGAAGAAGCUGCGUGAUGAGAUCAACGUUGCUAAGCAGGAAGCCCAGCGGUUGAAGGAGCUGCGGGAGGGUACUGAGAAUGAACGGAGCCGCCAAAAAUAUGCUGAGGAAGAGUUGGAGCAGGUUCGGGAGGCCUUAAGGAAAGCAGAGAAGGAGCUGGAAUCACACAGCUCAUGGUAUGCUCCAGAGGCCCUGCAGAAGUGGCUGCAGCUGACACAUGAGGUGGAGGUGCAGUACUACAACAUCAAGAAGCAAAAUGCUGAGAAGCAGCUGCUGGUGGCCAAAGAGGGGGCUGAGAAAAUAAAAAAGAAGAGAAACACACUCUUUGGUACCUUCCAUGUGGCCCACAGCUCUUCCCUGGAUGAUGUGGAUCAUAAAAUUCUAACUGCCAAGCAAGCACUAAGCGAGGUGACAGCAGCACUCAGGGAACGCCUGCACCGCUGGCAGCAGAUUGAGAUCCUCUGUGGCUUCCAGAUUGUCAACAACCCUGGCAUCCACUCGCUGGUGACUGCCCUCAACAUAGACCCCAGUUGGAUGGGCAGCACGCGCCCCAACCCUGCCCAUUUCAUCAUGACUGACGAUGUGGAUGACAUGGAUGAGGAGAUUGUAUCACCCUUGUCCAUGCAGUCCCCCAGUCUGCAGAGCAGUGUCCGGCAGCGCCUGACGGAGCCACAACAUGGCCUGGGAUCUCAGAGGUUGGUAGAGGGCGAGGCUGGCCACUUCUUGACAAGCCGGGUAUCUCUGCGGCGAAUGCGCAGUCUUUCAUCUGGACAGUCUUUCAGUUCUGAAGGCCACGGGACCAGCCCUCCAUCUGCCUCUGCUUCUUCCUGCUCUUCUUCUACCACCUCCACCACCACCACCACCACCACCACCACCACUACCACCACCGUCCAUGCCUACCCUGUUUAUUAUCACCACAGCACUUCCUAUUUCCUUCAGACGGAUCCCCACCCUGACCCGCCCCCUUCUGGCAGCUCCAUUGUGAUGCCUGGGCAUUCAGAGAGCUUGGGGGAUUUGACCCAUUCCGAUUCGGAGUCCUCCCUCCAUACGAGUGACCGUCAGCGUAUGGUCCCCAAGCCACCUCAGAUGGGCCGAGCUGCAGAUGAGGCUCUCAAUGCCAUGUCUUCCAAUGGCAGCCACCGGCUGAUUGAGGGGGUCCACCCAGGAUCUCUGGUGGAGAAACUGCCUGACAGCCCUUCCCUGGCCAAGAAGGCAUUACUGGCGCUGAACCAUGGGCUGGACAAGGCCCACAGCCUGGUAGAGCUGAGCCCUUCAGCCCCACCUGGUGGCUCCCCAGCUUUGGAUUCUUCUUGUUCUAAUAGCCCCAGUUCCCCUGACCCAGACACACCGUCUCCAGCUGGGGAAAGCCGAGCCUUGCAGGCCAGCCGAAAUACACGCAUUCCUCACUUGGCUGGCAAGAAGGCCAUGGCUGAGGAGGAUAAUGGUUCUGUUGGUGAGGAGACAGACUCCAGCCCAGGCAGGAAGAAGUUUCCCCUCAAAAUCUUUAAGAAGCCUCUUAAGAAGUAGGCAGGAGUGGCAGUGGUGAGACAGCUUGUCCUUCCUUGAGUCUUUUGCCUUCCCUUCCCUUUCCUCCCUUAAGAUAUCUGGCCCCUACAGCGGGGCAUGCAGGGGCUAGCCCUGGGGUCUGGGCACUGUACAUACCUACCCCCCUCAUCCUUGGGUCCUACAUUGUUAAUUUAUUAACUGAUCACCAUGGCCUGCCUGCCCUGCUUUCCUCCCAACCAUGGGCUGCUGCUGUCACUGCCCCUCCACUUCAAUGCAUGUCUUAGUUGCUGUUCCCUCAGCUCCCAGCUCCACCUCUGGGGUCCAGCUUCUGUCUCUGCUGUCCCAGUUUUGAGGUUUGGUUUUCUGUUUUUUUCUGUCUCCUGCUUUUAGGCUCCUCCCUCCUACACUCCCUAGCUUCCCCAGCAGUUGUGGGAAGAUAGGAGUAACUUCUGACACUUGUGCCUCAGGUCUCUUCACCCUACCCAUAGUGGUUCUGUUUGCCCUAGACUAGGGCGACAGGCCUAAUCUUUGGGGUUUGUUCUUUGGGAGUGUGAUGGGCUGGAAAGAACCUCACCCUAGAGCUCACUCAGGCCUCCAUGAUCCCAUGAAAUAGUGAAACCAAUUCCCAGAGAGCAAGCUACCAGAGUUCUGAAGAGAGGCCGUGCUUGGGAUGGAUCAGGAGAGACCUCUCUUAGUUGGAGGUUGAGAGGAUGCCAGAGCCAUAGGCUAUAUGGCAGUCACCUUUUCUCUCUUGUCCUGCCUACACCUGCCUCCUCCUUCCCCUUGCUCCCCCAUACUGCAGGAGUAUCUGUCUCUUAGAGGUGCUGCCCCAAAGCUCCCCAAGUAUCAGUACUCCUAAGGCUCAGGACAGUUGGCUCCCCUGGCUAAGGGAGCUGUAGUUGUGAUGUAGGGCUCUUGUGGAGUCCUGGAGUGGUUGGGUAAGAAUAUUGUUUAUUUGAACCAAAAGACAAAAGAGUUGAAAAGCGAAAAAAGAAAUCUCCUGAAUUUCCCAAGUGCCUGCACAGCAUAUUCCCCUUGUUGGACUCCAUUUUCAUGUUACUGCAUUUCCUGGGCCAAAGGCUCAAAAAGGACACAAUUGAUUUGGGGAAGGGGUGGUGAAGGAAGAUGGUAUAUGUGAAGGCUGCUGUGUGACCACUUCCCCCCACCUGGCCCAUCCUCUACACAACUCUCUUACUGUUUUUGCUAUGGCUGUAAAGGUAUUUUCCCUGUGCUCCAUUCUGCCAUGCCUUUACCCUGGGAUCCUAUCUUGGGCCUGGGGCUGGUCUUAGGAGGGUGCUGGGCUGCAGACUGCCUUGUACCCUCUGGACACCCUCACAUGGGUUUUUCUGUGUUAUUUCAUAAGACUUUGAAGUCCAAUAAAGCAUGU